CGCCAACCGUCGCCGUGCUUGUGGAGGGGUGUGAUGGCCUGGAAAUCGGGUUCUUCUGCCUCGAUGGCACCCGGAGCAUCGCGGGGCUGGCCGUCAUGCAGAAGAUGUUUGAACGGCUCAAAUUUGCGAAGGAGCAACUCAGCGCCGGCGGCGGGGCCGGGACGCGGAGUGAACUCUUUCGCCGGUGUAUGGAAGCGUGCAGUCAUGGACAGGAAUUUUCGUCGACACAUGAUUGGACAAAUAAUUUCUGGAAAUUAUAUCAAGGUGAUACAGAUACUUUUCAUUUUUGCAUGAAAGCGUGGUGGACAGCGACAGUAUUAUUUUGAUGCACUUCUUCAUCUGCAUGGUAAUUUAGUACUUCUAGAGCAGCCCUAUUCGACCAGUCCAUGUCCUCGAUAAUUAUUUCCUUCCAUUACCUGACGCUGCCAUAUGAUUUCUGGAAGUUGACAUUCCCACGGCCUUGUUGCAGCAGAAGAUUUGCUUGCAGCACGAUCAGCCGGAGCAACAGACGAAUGAGAAAAUACAGGAACAACAACAACAUCAACAUGAAACAGUUCUUUCUGGCGGACCUGCAGCAACAUCUUGCGCUCCUGCAGCAUCUAGUACUCCUGGAAAUCCAAAUAAUUCUACGCCCUCCACCUGUCCAUCCUUCUGCUGCGGGCGAAUCGUCGUUUCGUCCCCCUCGUCCCAGACCCCGACCGGUGCAAGCGGAGGUGGAGGACCGCGAGACGAAACUGUGCAAGCGGCGCGUCCAGAAGGAAGUAACGCUAGCAGAAGUUCUUGUACAGCUGAUCACGCAGAUGAACUUGCAGAAGCUGAAGCGCUGUUGACAGAUGUGCGACGAGAGGUGGUAGAUCAUGAGACGAGAAUAUUAUCGACGUCCUCGCAGCAAAAACGCGGAGCUGCUGCUGCUGUUGCUGCUGCUUGUUCACGACCAUCACCACCGGAUGGAUUCUGUCCAGAACC